UGGUACCAGUAGGCAUAAUACAGGAAGAGAGUCGUGGAGGAAAAGAAACGGGACGCCCUUUUUUUAUACUCGCAUAGUUAGUAGAUAACGGAAUCCAAAAAGUUAUUCGGGGCUAACGCAGACAAUAACCCUGUUACAGAGAUAAUAUAUCCAGCCAUACCAUGGACGUUUGACGACCUAGAUCCAAUAGAAUAAACCAUCCACUACAAGCUGAUGCUGAUCAUAUUAAUCUUUUCUCACAUCAAGAGGAAAAAAAGCUAAUUUCAGAAUUUACCAUGGAUGAUUUGGACGCCCUCCUCGCUGACCUAGAGAGCACCAGCUCUCCCCUGGCCAGGUGCCCAGUGCUGCUUACCUCUGAUCCCCCGGCGGAAUCUGACCCCGCGCCUGCCAGCCCUCAGGACAACGCCCAGACCAGGCCACCGCCUCCAGCUUACACACCCCAGCAGACGGUGUCUGCUGCAAUGAAGUCCAAUGGUUCUCAGAACCCAAACCCAGACAAACAACUGUACAGCACAGUGAAUAAGCCUCGCUCCCCCCGCAUGGCGGACCCUCCCCCUCCGGCCUUCUCCUCCUCCUCUGUGUUAGGAGGGGGUCUCAGCGAACUGGACCACCUUCUGCAGGAGCUCAACGCCACCCAGUUCAACAUCACAGAUGAGAUUCUGGCCCAGUUUCCCACCACUAAAAAGGAUGAGAGGGACAAGAUAAAAGAGUUCCAGGGGUCCAAGGACAAGGUCACAACACCCUACCCCAGUUCGGUGAAGCCGUCAGCCACCUCAGCUACACUUGAGCUGGACAAACUCAUGGCCUCUCUGUCUGACUUCAGAGUCCAGAGCACAAACGCUACAGAGUUCAAAACUGCGGAGCCGCAGAGCCAUGCGGUCUAUUGUGACGUACGUCGCCCGCGACUUGAUAACAGCCAGUUACAUGAGCCAGCUCCAGCUGUCACACCAGUGAUCACAGUACCACAGCAUCCGGUCCCGCCCCCACAAGCCUCUUCCGGCGGCUCAUUGGACAGCAUGCUGGGGCUCCUCCAAUCGGAUUUAACCAGGCAGGGAGUCCCCACAUCCUCCAAGGGUAGCUGCUCGGCCUGUCAGAAACCGGUUGUAGGACAGGUGGUGACUGCUCUGGGGCGGGUAUGGCACCCGGAACACUUUGUGUGCUCAGAGUGUGAGACAGAACUGGGCAGCCGGAACUUCUUCGAAAAGGACGGUCAGCCGUACUGCGAGUCGGACUACUUUACCCUCUACUCUCCCCACUGCGCACACUGCAACAAGCCCAUUCUCAAUAAAAUGGUCACCGCCCUGGACAAGAAUUGGCACCCGGAGUGUUUCUGUUGCGUCAAGUGCAGCCGGGCAUUCGGAGAGGAAGGUUUCCAUGACCGCGAGGGUCAGCAGUACUGCCAGCAGUGCUUCUUGUCCCUCUUCGCCUCCCGUUGCCAAGGAUGCACCCAGCCAAUCCUGGAGAACUACAUAUCUGCCCUCAACUCCCUGUGGCACCCGCAGUGCUUUGUGUGCAGGGAGUGCUACUGCCCCUUCGUCAACGGCAGCUUCUUUGAGCACGAGGGCCAGCCGCUGUGCGAGGCCCACUACCACCAGUCGCGCGGCAGCAUGUGCCAGGCGUGCCAACAGCCCAUCCUGGGCCGCUGCGUCACCGCCAUGGGUGCCAAAUUCCACCCGCACCACCUGGUGUGCCACUUCUGCCUCAAGCCCCUCAGCAAGGGCUGUUUCAAAGAGCAGGAGAACAAGCCCUACUGCCACCCCUGCUUCAUCAAACUCUUCGGCUGAGCACCGAGAAGGACACUGYCCAUCCUAUGUUUUCUUCUUCCAUAACUCCCAUACCAGGUGUAUGUCGUGUUCAUUAGGGCACAUAACAAUUUAAAAUGUUUUGCAACAGAAAACGUAAAUGAGCAUUUCUUAUUGGACAAGUCCAAGUCCGUCCCUGUUUCAAUGCGUUUGGUGCCUAAUGAAUACRACCCAGCUCUUUUCUAGUUGCGAAGUUGAACAAAUAUCUGUCAGCCAUUUUGUUUUGUCGCAGAGAAUGAGAGAGAGAUCAGAGCUGGACUCUUUCUGGGUUAUAAGACAACAUUAGUGACUAGAAAGAGAAAGGGAGAGAGAGAAAAGUCUAAGACARUCCAAUUCUCUAUUAGACUGGUACCAUGCAGGCAAAACUGGUUGAAAUUAUGUCAUAAUGAACAUUUCAACUACUUUUGUUCGCAGGGUACACAGAGCCCAACAAAAAUAUUUGAGUGAGAAGGGAGCAUAGUUCUCCAAGACACAUAGAGGACCAAUGCAGAAGCCAUAGCUAAACUUUUGAGGAAGUUUUCCAAAGAGAAAAUAAUAGAAAGUUGUUAUCACAUGGUGUAUGUAAAUCCAUGACCUAUCAAAUGGAAUAUUGACCACUGAAUUAUUAGAAAUUUACAUUUUUGAUGGUCUYGAAUGGAACCUUUUUAUGAACAUUUUGAUGAAGGAUUUUUUAAUAAAAACCCAUUUAAUAUAUUUGCUUUACAUUGCAAAGUAUAAUUAUCACUGCUAUUGCAUUUCUAUAUUGAUAUAUUGUCUAUUUUAAAUUUGAGGCUACCAKGUAUCACAGUUGUAGUGCCAAAGAUUUUACAAUGUUUUUUCACCAUUGUGCUAUGCAAUUAUGUAUAAAGAAUACCAAAGAGUAAAAUAAACACAAUUUUGUUCUGCCCUGA